AUGCCACUCCGGCCUCUGGGUGCUCUGCGCCCUGGUUGUUCCCCUUUCGCUGCCCCUCUCGACCAUAUUGCCCGCAAACCAUUGAUCCCGACAUCUUCAACAUGUUUCAAGUAUAGAAGCCUUGCCACGCAGAUCGACCAUACCACAGCUGCCCACCAAUCCGAUGCACAAAAGGAACGUGUAGUCAUUCUCGGAUCGGGUUGGGGCGGAUAUACCGUGUCGCGCCGGCUUUCUCCGCAGUCCUUCUCGCCCAUCGUCAUCUCACCGCGUUCCUACUUCGUCUUCACACCUCUACUGACCGAUGCGGCAAGUGGGUCUCUCGAUUUCUCUAAUAUUGUCGAGCCCGUGCGUGACUCGCAUGCCAAAGUCGACUUCAUUCAAGCUGCGGCGAGGUCGAUAGACCUAAAGAGAAAGACUAUUUUAUGCGAGGCCACAGUGGUUAAGAGUGGUGUCACUGAGACACCGCGGACAUCUGAAAAUGAAAGACAAGUCGACGAAAGCCCCGAGAGCAAAACAAAGAAUCCGAAGCAAGGAUACCGCUGGUGGGAACAAGGCGAGAUGUUUGAGGUCCCCUAUGAUAAGCUUGUCAUCGCAGUAGGCGCGGUGAGCCGCACCUUUGGUACUCCUGGAGUUAGAGAGAACGCUUUUUUCUUCAAGGACAUUGGUGAUGCCAAGCGCGUGAAGCGACGUGUACGUGAAUGCUUUGAACUGGCCGUGCUUCCUACCACAUCCCCCGAAAUGCAGAAAUGGCUGCUCCAUUUUGCGAUUGUCGGAGCGGGCCCUACUGGUUCGGAGCUGGCGGCGUCGCUUCGUGAUUUCAUCUACAAGGAUAUGAUGAGAUUGUACCCGGCUCUCGAUGGCAUCCCUAGGAUCAGUCUCUACGAUGUCGCCCCUAAAGUUUUGUCAACAUUUGACGAAUCACUUUCUCGAUACGCCAUGGAGACAAUGAAGAGCGAAGGCAUCGAUAUCAAGACUUCUCACCAUGUGGAGAAUCUCCGGUGGGGAGCACCAGGCGACCGACCACCUCACGAGAUGGAUCCGAAGCGUUCUCUCACCCUCAAAACGAAGGAAGAAGGUGAGGUAGGAGUUGGCAUGUGUGUUUGGGUGACUGGCAAUGCUAUGAACAAGUUUGUCAGCCAGGCCCUUGACAAAGUCGAAGAAUUUCCCGUCGACUCUGUCAACAGUAGCUUGCAAUCAUUCAAGGAUGACCAGUCUUCCUGGGAGUUCAAGAAAUUUUCCAAGAAAGGUGCUCUACUUGUUGACGGACACCUUCGAGUACAGCUACAAGACGAUAAGGGCCGCACGGCUGUUCUUCAAGAUGUUUUCGCGCUAGGUGACAAUGCUAUGAUAGAGACUGGAGCGCCCCCUGCCACAGCACAGGCUACCUUCCAAGAAGCCAAAUGGUUAGCAAAGCACCUGAAUAACAAGGACUUGGACCAGAGCCCACCUUUCUCGUUCCGCAAUAUGGGCACGAUGGCGUACAUUGGGAGUGAGCGGGCCCUGAUGCAAAUCCCCCACGAUGAUCGAAAUGGCAACCGCAGCAAAUACCUUCCUGAAGGAAUCACGGGAAGAAUGGCCUCAUUGGUUUGGAACGCAGCAUAUAUCACCAUGAGCAUCAGCUGGCGCAACAAGCUACGGGUUGCUUUCCGGUGGACUCUCAAUCGGCUGUUCGGAAGGGACAUCUCGCGUUUCUAG